AUGGUACACGCUCGUUUCAACGAUAGAGAUCCCAAUCCCAAUCCCCACAUCGACUUCAUCACACCUCUUCCAGGCGAUGACCAACACGAUGCCAGGCAGCUCUUGCGCGCUCUUGCAGCGCAGGUGCGACCCGUGAUGAAAGCCCAUGGUUUCGUGAUAAAUAGUUUUGAAGAGUACGAACAUAACGGCGUUUUUGCAGGAAGAAAUUGGAACAAUGGCGAAACUGUCGAACUCGUUCUUCGGCGACCUGGAGGAUCAUUUUUACCCACUUAUUGGCUCAUGAGUACUCUAUGCCACGAGUAUAUGAACCAUGGUUCCCCAUUCCAAGCACUCUGGAGACAGCUUCGCACCGAAGUUCGUAAGCUUCAAGAUGGAGGCUACUAUGGUGAUGGAUAUUGGUCUGCAGGAACGCGUCUCGCUGAUUCUGCCAAAGUAGCCGGAGAAGGAAUCGAACCCGGAGAUCUUCCAGAAUAUGUGUGUGGCGGAGCUCAAACACGUUCUCGUCCGUCAGCAACGCGUCGUCGACGCUCGGCCCGGCGUGCUGACGUUGUGCCUUCGAACCAUACAGGUCGACAAACAGCGAAAAGGCGAAAAGCCGGGAGUCGGAUUAUUUCGAAGUAUGCCUUCCAAGGCGAAGGAUUAUCGUUGAAUGAUUCGAAAGGCGAAGACAGGAUCAAGGGAAACGGAUUUAAAAAACAGGCCGGAAGUAUGCGUGCCCGUGAAGAGCGCGCAUUGGCUGCCGAACGCAGACUGCAAGCUCUACAAUCUCUCAAGGAGGAGGACAUCAAAGAAGAAGAAGAGAACACAGAUCGCUCUGACUCCGAAGUGGAGAUAGUCUCAGAGACAGACGGAGACAGACGGGAAGCACUUAUAUCCUCCGAGAAAGAUGAUCUUCGUAACCUGAAGUCUUCAUGGGAGGAAUUCAAGGACGAUUUUAUCUUCACGGGGGACGGCAAGGAUAAUGUCAUAGAGAUUUCAUCCGACGAGGAAAAUGUGAAGAGAGAACCUUGCGAUAUUCCCGUUCCUUCGGGAUCAACCUUUACCAGUGGGGUGAAUGAUACAAUGAAGCGUAGCGAGAAUAAUGGUAAAGGGAAGGAGAAGGAAACGCCUCCGUUAGGCUUAGGCAAACUGGUCAAGACCGAAGUCGACUUUCGGAAAAAGGAGGCGCUAGGAAUGGUUCCCACCCAAGGCAGUAGACGGCUGGGUGGCCGCGUUAAGAGCAAGGAAUCAGAUACUGAGUUCUCACCUACGGAGCCUUGGGAAUGUGCUGUUUGCACACUGAUCAACAAACCUCGACAUCUAGCAUGCUCUGCCUGUUUCACACCUCGGGGAAAUGAUUAUGUAUAUGACAAAUACCGUAGCAAAGUGUAG